AUGAGCACUACCACUACCACCACUGUCGCUCCCCCAGCGCCCCAAAUCACCGCCGAAAAUAUCCUGCGCCUGUUUCCCCAAAUCAACACCUCCUUGGCCAGCGCCACUUCUGCCACGCAGGACAACGACCUCGUGGGCUACGACGAGGAGCAGAUUCGUCUCAUGGAUGAGGUCUGCAUUGUUCUCGACGAGAAUGAUCUCCCCAUUGGUAGCGCCAGCAAGAAAGUUUGCCACUUGAUGGAGAACAUCGAGAAGGGCUUGCUGCACCGUGCCUUCUCCGUCUUCCUCUUCGACAACAAGAACCGUCUGCUCCUGCAACAGAGAGCCUCCGAGAAGAUCACCUUCCCCGACAUGUGGACCAACACCUGCUGCUCACACCCUCUUGGUGUUCCUGGCGAGACUGGCUCCACUCUCGAGACCGCCAUCAUGGGUGUCAAGCGUGCCGCUCAGCGCAAACUUGACCAAGAGCUUGGAAUCAAGGCACACCAGGUUCCCCUAGACAAAUUUCACUUCCUUACCCGCAUUCACUACGUCGCUCCCAGCGAUGGCAAAUGGGGCGAGCACGAGAUCGACUACAUCCUCUUCAUCAAGACCGACGUCGAUCUCCAGGAGAACCCCAACGAAGUCCAAGCCACCAAAUACGUUACCGAAGACGACCUCAAAACAAUGUUCAAGGACGACUCGCUUCUGUUCACACCGUGGUUCAAGCUCAUCUGCCAGAGCAUGCUCUUCGAGUGGUGGGGAAGCCUCGACCAAGGUCUUGACAAGUACAAGGGCGAGACCGCCAUCAGGCGCAUGCUUUGA